CUGGGUGAUAAGAGCUACCACUAUGAUUGAGGACGCGUUCAUGAUAAUGAGCAGUAAAAAUGCUUGGUUGUGCAUGUGAUCGAGAAUCGAGAAUCGAGAAUCGUAUUCUCACGUUUGCUUUUUCUCGAAUUCUAGAAUUCAAAAUCUUUCACCUUCUUUCACCAGCUUUCGCCAUGGACGCGCUUAUCGCCAAAGCUGACGCUACUAAGCCCCUGUAUAAAAAACGGAAGAGAACGCAUCCUUCCGAUUCCAAACCUGGCCCUUCGCAAAAAUCCGACAAGACAUCCGCCUCGAUAACUAAAAACACGUCUCUACCGACAUCUUUACGAUCUCGAACAGACAAAUCAGCGGAUGCUCCCCAAUAUAAACACAUCGCCAAUCCGAAACUUCGGCGUUCUCUUGUAAAAACUUCAACCCACAUUGCACAAUCUCAAGCUCUUCUCUCCGAUGCCAUUGACCUACUGCCUUCAGAAGAGACGGGAUUUGUCCAGGCUGAAGAUACGAUGGAGAGGACAUGGAGGCUUUCGCAGGUUGACAUUGUCAAAGAGGCUGGAGGAGAAGCUGCGCGAGGGCGUCUUGAGAUGAAGCUUGAUGGAGGACCUUAUAGAGUCCGAUACACAAAGAACGGAAGACAUAUGGCAAUUGCUGGAAGAACAGGACAUGUCGCGUCAUUCGAUACCCUCACAGGCGCUGUUCACAGUGAACUUCAGCUUGGUGAAACAUGUAGUGAUGUCGUUUUCUUACAGGACCAUUCCUUUUACGCCGUCGCACAACAGAAAUAUGUUUUCAUCUACGACAGAGACGGAGUAGAGAUACACAAACUGAAAGCUCACGUUAGCCCCACAAGACUGGAGUUUCUGCCCUAUCAUUGGCUUCUUGCCAGCGUCGGUACUGCGGGAUACUUAAAAUAUCAGGAUACCUCAACUGGCCAACUUGUUGCAGAACAUCGUACCGCUCUCGGUUCAUGUUCUGUCCUCGCACAAAAUCCUCAGAAUGCAGUUCUUUACCUGGGUCAUCAAAACGGUUGUGUUACUCUGUGGACGCCCAACCUUCCGCAUCCCGCGGUUAAAGUCCUCGCACAUCUGGGUCCUUUAUCCGGUGUAUCUAUCGAUCCUAGCGAAAGUGGAAGGUACAUGGCCACUACAGGAAAGGACGGGAGUGUGAAGGUAUGGGACUGCAGAAACUGGAAAGGAGCUGUGCGAGAAUGGACCUUGAGAAGCGGUGGAAAAGGAGAUGCGGAAGUGGAAUGGAGUCAGAAAGGCGUUCUUGCUGUUGGAAGCGGUGGGAGUGUCAACAUGUAUACGUCCCCUUCAAUAAAAACACCACAUCACUCUUCUUCUCAACCGCCUCUUUACUUGACACAUCCGCUCCCGUCCGCCUCUCACAGACCUAUAACAUCUUUGCGUUUCGCUCCGUUACAAGACAUCCUUACUAUCGGACACGCAAAGGGUACAAGUAGUAUCUUGGUUCCCGGUGCCGGGGAGGGCGGCAUGGAUACUGGUGAAGGUCUAGAUCUGUAUGAGGGCGUGAAAGGACGCAGGGAGAGGGAAGUCCGGGGCUUGUUGGAUAAGAUUCAACCCGAUAUGAUUACUUUAGACCCAGAAAUCGUCGGAAGCCUGGCGCCUCCUUCAAAAUUGACAAUCCAUACAAAUGGUGGCACAGGAUCCUCACGCGCGGCAGAAAUACCUUUUGCCCGCCUCCCUCGUGCAGAGCGGUUACGAGUUUCAGGCAAAGCCGAUCUGACUGAAGAGCUUCACUCUGAUGCAGAAUCUGCCGACGGCAGUGAUGAUACGAGGAAAAAGGUAGAUAACGAGGCACAAGAGAAAAGAAAGAUGCGUGGAAAAGGCAAAAGUUUGAAAAGGUAUCUGAGGAAGCAGAGGAAGAAUGUUAUCGAUCCUGCUGCCGUGAGUAACAUAUUUUUCUUCUUGUACCCUCUUGGUUUUACCGUAAUUCACAAUCUAUCCCCCUGUAUCGCGAGUGUCGCCAUCCGGGCCAAAAUUGAAAAACAAAAAGCCGAGCGCAAAGCAGAAAUUCGUAAGGCCAAAUAUGGCGAUGAACCACAAGAGAAAAGCUCUGCGUUGGAUCGAUUCAAGAGGGUCUCAAAGGAAUAGGCAUGGGUGCAAAUGUGAGGCUAAGUAAUCUCACUUUCUAUUCAUGUGAGAAUCGUCACAGCACUGCACAAUUGCAAAGCAACACUUCAAGCAGAUCAAAACAAACGACGCGGGUGCUUUGGCUCUAUUUAAGUACUUUGCUUCUGAUAGUCACCAUUUCACCUCAGAGACAACUGCAAACCUGGUAUCUACAAUGAGGGUUCA